GCCCUGAUAGUCGGCUAACAAGGAAUGGACACACGAUGGACAGUGAAGUGGAAAUCUUGGAAAACGACUACUCGAUGGUGGUAAUUGAUGACGAAGACGAUAGCCCGAAGCGUCCCGUACCGGUAGAGCAGGGUAAACAAUCCCUCGUUUUAAGGAUUGAACUAUUUGAUACGCUACUUGAUCGAAGCUUUAAAGAUGAACUUUCAUUGACAAUACAAAAUGUUUUUGCUUCCCACCGACCAAUGCAAACGGUACGAGUGCGUGAAAGUGGUUCGCUAUUGGAGGUUUGGAGUGACGAAACAUUGCAAACUAUGUCCUGCCCCGCCGAAGCCGACGAUUCGCUGUUCAUUAUAGAUUCCACACCAAAAAGCAAGCAAAGCAAGGAUCCCAUACCAAGUUACAAGAAAAUUUUAAACAAAGUGUUCGAUGGCCAAGUACCGGAUACCUCACCAAGCUCCACACCGCGAAGACCAAAAAUGAAGCAAACGUGCUGGAACUGCGAAGGAGACCAUGGGUUAAAGAACUGCAAGAAGCCACGGAACUAUGCUCGGAUUCGGCAGAAAAAAGAAGAGUUUCUGAAGAAAAAUGACCGGUACCACGCGGAUCUCGAGCAAAAGUAUGGCCAUUUCGUGCCUGGCAAGUUGAGCUCUCAGCUACGUGAUGCUCUGGGGCUCGGCAGUAGAGACCUUCCGCUGCAUAUAUACCGAAUGCGAGUUUUCGGCUAUCCGCCGGGAUGGCUUGAAGAAGCGAAAGUCACUCACUCCGGGUUGCAGUUGUUUGACUCUACCGGUGAGGCAGUCCAACAUACAGAGGAGAGCGAAGGACAAGUGGAUGAAAAUCGGAUGAAAUUUGACGUGCGACGAAUCAUAGAGUUUCCCGGAUUUAACGAGCCUCCUCCACGAACUAUGUAUGAUGACUCUAAGUAUCACAACGUUGCUCCAUACUCGGACGAAAUGUGCCGCGAGAGAAUGUUUCAACAGUUACAAGGAACAUUAGUGCGCGGAUACCGUAGAAAAAAGCUAAAACUUAGCACGGUAGAAGACCCAUCUUUCGAUUGCGCCAACUCAACGGUCGACAUGGAGACAGUCGAUAACGAUGAGAAUUGCUCGGAAGAGAAGCAAUCACCACAGGAACUGGAGGACGGAGAACUGUCGGAUGAUGCUGAGACCACCGGUCGAAGCGUAAACAUCGAUGAAAGCGUCGUGCUAAUUGAGCAAACUUGUGAAAUUAUCUCGCUGGAUACGCCUGUUCAGGAUAAAUGCGAAAAACGUGCCCUGUCGCCUUCGCUGGAUGAUUUGCAGCAAAAACAGAGGCAAUUAAUGCAGCAGCUCGCAGACCAGUCGCACGGCGAACGAAGCGUUGAACGAAGCCCCUUUUCGGCGGAUAUCUUGCAGUGUGAAAACCAAUCUGUAGAGGCUGGUGGCGUACAAUACAAAACGCCACCAUCGCCACUACCAUCAGGUGUAACGGUGGAGAACCAGGCGUCACCCACCGCUGCGACGGGCACUAUGCAUGAAAUAGUGAUGAGCAAAUUGCCGUGUUCUGAUGAGUUGAGAAAUGCGGAACUCAAAGAGAUGUCACUUGGGACCCCGAUCCUUAAGGCCUUCACGCCCUACAAUUCGUUGCCAAGUGGGGAAGCAUUUUCGCAGGGUGUUAGCGAUGUAAUUCACUUCGAAAAUCUUCCUGAUUCGACCGGAAAAUACGAACAGAUGAAAUCGUUGCUGGCUGAAGUCCGACGUAAAAUCAAUGACCACCAUCGCGAAACGGACGAAGAAGCUUAG